AUGAAACGCCCAACGGUAUUGUUCCUGUUAGUGACGUUAGCCGCAGGAGCUGUCCUUGGAGAUGCAGACGUUGAGCAACCGAAUUCAAACACAGGCAAAUCCGUCCAGCCUCAGAAAGAGGAUGCAUCGCUUUCGGAAGGCUCAGAAAAAAGAACCGCAAAGCGGCACAUCUCCCUUGGCCUUGGCUACGGAGGAGGACAUGGAUUUUCGGGUAGUUUGCAUGGAGGCAACUCGGGUGGAUUCGUUGGGAAAGGCGUAGGACUUGGCUAUGGAGGAUCGUACGGGCAUGGCUAUGGAAUUGGCUAUGGUGGAGGCUACGGCGGUUCUUAUGGACAUGGUUACGGUUAUGAUGGAGGUUUUCAUGGAUCUGGAUUCGGAUACGGCUACGGUGGUGGAUAUUCUAGCCACGGGGACUUUCACAACGGUUAUCACGGAAGUUAUAGCUAUCCGAAACCAUUCUUGACGGCAACGAUCAAGGAACACUUUCCAGUACCAGUACCCAAACCAUAUCCCGUAUUCAUCAAGAAGACAGUUCCAGUUCCCAUCACAAUUUCCAAACCAGUACCAUAUCCAGUGUUUGUAAAGAAACCUUAUCCAGUUCCAAUUGAUCGACCAGUACCGGUGGCAGUCCCAUAUCCUGUUACGAAACAUGUGCAAGUUCCAGUUCCGCAUCCUUACCCAGUGCCAGUGAGAGUGCCAACUCCAGUAGUAGUUACCAAACCGGUAGUUGUAACCAAACCUGUUAUAGUGACCAAACCGGUGUACAUCACGAAGCACUACACACCCAUAGUCAGUGCUCCACUAAUAUCUACACCUCUGUAUGCCGCACAUAGCCCAAUUUUGGCAACGACUGGACACAUCUCCGUUUCCAAUCACGGAGUUCAUCAAUCCCAUGGAUCGCAUCUGCAAGCCAGUUCGCAUGGCUAUUCUAGUGGAAGCCAUUAUGGUGGUGGUGCCUCUGGUAAUUAUGGAUCUUCUGGUCAUUAUGGAGCCUCUGGUCAUUAUGGAUCAGAGGGACACUUUUCGGCUGGAGGAAACUACGGAGCAGAAGCUCACUAUUCAGCAGGAGCAGUAGGAGGAACGAUCUGCGACCAUUAA